AUGUCUUCCUCUCCAAACCUUUCCCGUCGUUCUUCUCUUGCGGACCGGAUUGCCUCUGCUAUUCCACCUAUUCGACCUCGUCUUCCCAGUCUUCGCUCUCGCAAGUCGAACCUUUCUGCAUCUUCCCUGAACGCUCAAGUCGACCUUCGUCAGGGCUCGUAUUAUCGUCCUUAUUCUGUUUAUCAACAAACCAUGUUUCCAGUAAUUUUGCGAGAUGCAGACGCGACUAACAAACUAUUGGAGUCCAUUCUCGAUGGCCCCGGUGGGCGGCGCUCCCUCGGUCGCCUGGCGCGCACCUGUAACGCACUCAAGGAACCCGUGCUUGAUAUUCUCUGGCGCGAUCUUGAUACGUUGACACCCCUUAUUGGCCUAUUCCCCAGCACAAUUCUCAAACGAGCUCGCCGUCCCGGACUCGGAUUGACCAAGAACCCUGAGCCUAGCGACUGGAAUCGUCUUUUGGCAUACGGAGAGCGCGUGCGUAGUGUGUCCUACGUAGAGGCGUCAGGGAAUAUCUCCCCAACGAUAUUCCCUAUUCUGGAGGAAUUAUGCCCGAAGCCGUGGAUUCUGCCGAAUCUGACUUCGCUUACUUGGAAGUCGGAAACUGCGGCUGGAUUAGAACGUUGCAGACUCUUCAUGUGCCCCGAACUGCGGAAUCUGACCCUGGAGGUUGGCACGAAGCACCCGAGGCUCCAUGAUCUGCUCAUGGAAAUUGCUUCCCACACGAAACUCUCGUCCUUCUCCUUUACCAUCCACACCAACCUUCCGGAUAAUUUUACUGAUAUCUUCGAGCACAAUGUUGCGCUCGAGAAGGUUGCAAUUGCAGCCCCAGGUGCUUUAUCGUCCCGAGUAGGAUCAUGGGCGGCAUCACUCCCCAACCUGCGCAGCUUCCAGAUCGAUUUGACUGGUCGCACGUCUACCGCAGUUGAAGGCUUUUUCGACGAUAUCAUUCCUGGUUCGGGUUAUUCCACUCCGAGUUCGGUCGGUGGGACGGAUAGCGGUGUCUUCUCAGCCGACGAAUUUGACUUCUCCGAAAUGCGCAAGUCCGCAGUCCACCUCACGCGUGACGGACCUGGACACGGCGCGUUUGCUCAACUCACCCAGCUGCAAUUGUCUGGCGAGGUAUCGAACAUCGCAACAUUCUUGAGGCACAUCACAAGCCCAUUGUCUCAACUCGAGCUCGUCAUCGACGACCCUCCUGCAUCGGAAGACUGGCAUGACGUAUGCGAGCUUGUGUGCGACCAGUUUUCGCAUACCUUGCAGGUCUUUCGGGUGAGCCCCACCUCCGCGUCGAAGUUCAACGAGCUUGUACGAUCGACGUCGAGAGGAGGCGAGACGCCAACACGGCAUUUACCUCUAACCUAUCUUGGCCCCCUUCCGCAUCUCCAUCGUCUUGAUAUCGAUCUCCCGGAGUCUGUGAUCUUUCGGGAUGCAGAUAUCAUACACCUUGCCCGGAUAUGUCCAUCUCUUGAAAUCCUCCGCUUGUGUCCUCUCGCGCGAUUUUCACAAGCAGUUGGACCCCCGUCUUUGACAAUGGAGAGUCUCGCUCACCUGACGCGUGCAUGUCCCCGUCUCCACACACUCGCGGCAGUAAUCAAUGCGCUGGAAGGUUCGGAGGAGAUUUUUGACACCCAUGCCGUUUCUUCGAGGUCAUUGCUGCGACUGAACGUUGGGCAUUCGUGGAUCAAAGAUCCCUUCCAGGCUGCUGUACUUCUCAGUCAUUUGGCGCCGUAUCUUGAAAGCGUCAAGUGGUUCCAUGAGAAAAAUCGAGCUGGAGCUGUCGAGACCAAUGCGCUCGCCUGGCAGAAAGUCUCCGAAUUCCUCCCGCACCUUCAGAACAUCCGAUUGCUUGAGCGGAGACAUCAACCACAACCUCAGGUGUAUGUCCCUCCUCAAACUGCGGAGAAGGAGGUUGACGCAACUGUACUCUUGAUCGACGAGGGUGUGCUGGCUCAGCCGGAGCUCGUAGAGGAAGGAAUUCAAGUCACGGUGGAGGCAGCCGAUUUUUCAGUUCAGGUGGAACCUGAAAUGGCGUCAGUAUCUAUCGAUGCGACACCGGUGCUCGUUGAUACUGGUUCGCUGGUUAUACCGUGCUUAGUGGAACACGCUGUUCAGGCGUCGGUGGAAUCUGAAUCUUCUUCCAAAGCAGACGUGCUCUCACACCAUAUCGCGGAUUUCGAAACGACCAAGGUCGACGCUCCUUCAAUACUAUCUUACCUUCCAUCACCUGCGUUGGGGUUAAUGUCACUGACCUCCCGAGUCGUUCGCUUCUACACGCUCCCCUUCCGAUACAUGUUCUCCCUUAUGCCUGCGUACUCUCAAUCUCAAAAUCACUCCAUGCAAAUAACGGGAGACUUGAAAGACAUGAUACCCGGUGGAAUCAAUGACGAGAUCGUUCAGGAAAAACAGCAUAAUGGAACAAAUCUGGCGAAUUCAGAUGUCCCUCAACUUGACACUGCUUAUGACUAUGCUUAUUCGAAUGAAAAUGAAUCCACUGUGCUUCAAGCUGGUAAUAGUCUCGAGACCGACGCAGUCGCAGUACGAGCAGAAAUACGACAAGGUCACGUGCGGCGUGAAUUUCUGAGCGCUCAGAAAGGCAGUCAUGAAACAGGCGCGAGCGCGACGCGUCAGUCUAAUAACCCGGACACUACCACUCGGACCGCACGCCAGCUUGCGCUGCCCAUCUCUUAUUCAACUUACGCUAUGGCUGAGAAUAGGAAACAGGAGAAGGACUAUACAAAGGAGGUGGACGAGCUCUUACCAGAAGCAAAAUCUCUCGCUCAGUCGGGGAAAGUACAAGCCGCCCUUGAUAAACUAUUUUCUCUAGAGAAACAGACUCGAAAUGCAUCGGAUGCGGCGUCUACUACUCGACUGGUUAGAGCAAUUUGCGAAAUUUGCUAUGAAGCCCGAGACUAUGCACUUCUUAACUCGAGUAUAAACAAUCUCAGCAAGAAACACGGCCAGCUCAAAGCAUCGACGCAAGCCAUUGUCGAACAAGCAAUGGGCUGGCUUGAUGAUAUCCGGAAACGCGAGGGUGAUGAGAAGUGGUUAGAGCUGAUUGAGACGUUACGGACUGUUACAGAGGGGAAAAUUCUCUUAGAAACACCACGAGCGCGUGUGACCCUGCAGCUCACGCUUUACCAUGAGUCGCUAGUCACGAAUCCCAAAUCUGGCUCCACCUCGACUCCCAAAGAGAUCCUCCAGACAGCGGCCGACUUAUUGUCGGAUCUUCAAGUCGAGACCUACUCUUCGAUGGAACGACGGGAGAAGACAGAGUUCAUUCUGGAACAAAUGCGAUUAUUGAUUGCGCUUGCACGGAUCAAGGACGCUGAGGUUGGUCAGGAGGGAAAGAAAGAUUCCAUUGGGGGUGGCGAGGCUGAAUGGGUGAAAGUCCGGGUCGGAGGGAGGAAAGUCAACGAGUCAUUCCUCAAAGAGAAGGAGAACGAAGAUCUCAGGUUUAAGUAUUAUGACAUGAUGAUCCAGUAUGCUCUCAAGCAGAGCGCAUACCUAGAUGCUGCCAAACACUAUCAUAAAGUCUGGGAAACGCCUUCUGUCAAGGAAGACGUUGUUGGCCGGGGCCGUGAGGCUCUCGAGCAUAUCGUGUACUAUGUAGUCCUUGCUCCUCACGAUAACGAACAAUCAGAUAUGUUACACCGACUCUUCAAGGAUCCAGCCCUCGAAAAGUUAGAACUUCAUUAUGCACUCAUUAAAUGUUUUACGACACCAGAACUGAUGAGAUGGCCUGGGAUUGAAUCCAUUUACGGGCCUCAUUUGCGGAAGACCAGCAUAUUUACGGAUGACAAGUUGUGGGAGGACCUCCACACACGGGUCAUUGAACAUAACAUCCGUAUAAUUGCUCAGUACUACACGCGGAUCACAUUACCUAGACUGACCUCACUUCUCGACCUGACCCAACGAGAGGCUGAGGAGAUAUUAUGCAGACUGGUGGUAUCUGGUACUGUCUGGGCGCGGAUUGAUCGACCAACAGAUAUAAUAAAUUUCCGAAGUAGCAAGAGCGCGGAGGACGUGAUGAACGACUGGAGUUCAGACAUGCAACGACUCCUUGGUCUGGUAGAAAAGACUUGGAUGGGUGUAAAUGCUGCGCAAGCGGCGCAGUCACGGGCAGUAAAAGCAUAG